GGGUUCUAUCGCGACCCGCGAGGAUAAAACAGACGAGCCAGGUGAUUCUCAGUUCGGCGCCCGUCACCAGAAACCAUGCGGAUCCUCAGACACCAGGACUCCGGAUUCAGACGCGAGGAGCCCGGGAGCUCAAAAAGGAGACCGGGUCCGGCUGAAAACGCCUGAUGCUGUCAUGAGCCCUUCUGCUGAUGGGAACCUGUGCGUAAAAGCGGAACGAGACGCGCGGAAUGACCACAAAGUAGACACUGACACAACGUUCUUGGACCCCCGAUCGCAUUUACGCGCGAAGUGGCACCGAGGAUAGUGCCGUUUAAACUGAACGAACACUUUCUAAGGAGAUCGCUCGUGGGUAGACACCGCGCGCGCUGGAGACUGCGCUCUCACGGCUCGCCAAAAACUCAAGCGAACACUCAAGCGCGAGGAUUAAUCAGCCGAAAAGAUGGAUAACGUGCCGUAUUUUCUGGCUACAUACGUGCUCAUUUUCUCCCUCGGAUUCAGGAUAGAAGAAGGGAUGUGCCAACAUUACUACCUCCUCCGUCCCAUUCCCAGUGACACUCUGCCUAUAGUGGAACUCAAGGAGGACCCGGAUCCCAUACUGGACCCUAAGGAGCGGGAUCUGAACGAGACCGAACUCAGAGCCAUGCUAGGCAGUCACUUCGACCAGAACUUCAUGUCCAUCAGCCCACCGGAGGACAAAUACGCAGGACAGGACGACCUGAACGAGUCCGAACUCUUCAAGCGUCCCACCGGCACCAUGCCCAAAGAAAUCAAAGCCAUGGAGUUUGAGAUCCAGCAUGGGAAAAAACACAAGCCCAGUAAGAAACUCAGAAGAAGGCUUCAGCUGUGGCUGUGGUCCUAUGCCUUCUGCCCGGUGGUGCACACAUGGCAGGACCUGGGGAACCGAUUCUGGCCCCGCUAUGUGAAGGUGGGCAGCUGCUACAAUAAAAGGUCUUGUUCGGUUCCAGAAGGGAUGGUUUGCAAACCUGCCAAAUCCAGUCAUUUUACGGUUUUGCGAUGGAGGUGCCUGCAGAGAAAGGGUGGGCUCAAAUGUGCCUGGAUACCAGUUCAGUACCCCAUUAUAUCAGAGUGCAAAUGCUCCUGCCCGAACUGAAAUAAUCUCUGUGCUCAUUCUCACAUGCACUGUCCAGUGUAGGAAUGUAUAUUUGAUGUAUAUGUUGUGCCAUUCUAGGUUACACUUUACAUUGGUGUUCAUGUUACUGUGUAAUUUCAUACAGAAGUACUGACAAGUGAUGCUGACAAAACUUUGUGUACUUAACAUGUGAUUCUUUUGUGGAGCUGCUUGGUAUUAUAGUCAUUAUAGUAAAUAAUUAUAGUAAUAUGUCUAACAUGGACACUGUAAUGUAAAGUGGUGCCUGAUUCAUUUAUAAAAAAAAAAAAAAAGAAAAAAGGUCAGUAUUUGCCUAUAAUAUCCAGUGUCUACUGUAACUUUGGUUGUAAUGUAACUUUAUACAUAUUUAUGUCGAAGAACAUUUCGCAUUCAAAGUGCGUUUAUUGAAGGAAUUCCAAGCUUUUUCCAUUAUUCGGAAAAAAAAUACUUUAUCUUUAUACACCUCAGACGGGAGAUUAUAGAUUACAGUCUUGGUGUGCUGUAAAUAUAAGGGGAAUGGAAAAUAACUGCUCAUGUAAAUUAAAAGAAACUAUUUAUUCUUUAUGUCCAUGUAGUCAAAAUGCAUUUAAAAUAAAACCACUAAAAAUGGCACAAACUGUUUUUUGCUUAUUUCACUUGCUGUAUUUACGCAAUCUGCUUAACAUGCACUGCAUGCAGUAAACCCCGCCAGCUGCUAUUUAUAAAGCCCUCCACGCUGAUGUGACACUAAUUGAGGUGAUAUUAUUUUAAUUUGACUUAUGAAGUCGAGUCUGGAUCGUAAUGGACAAUUGGUGAUUCGUAUUCCUCGGAGGGAGUGGAUCAGUU